AUCUUCCGCGUCUUCUACAGCUUGACCUACACCACCCUCUACCUGCUCACCUUGGUCUUCCUCGCCAUCAGUCCCGUUACGAUGAUCUACUCCUCCUUGACCCAGAACGCCUUCCAGUAUACCUUUAUGAUCGGCAGCGUCAUUAUCCUCACUGCAAUCAUCGCCGUCUGCCUCUACAGCAGCAGGCUGUACACCAACAAGAGAGUGUUGUCGGACGUGGGCAAAUCCUAUGUGCCCAUCGAGGAAGGAGAGGUGGGUAAGGCGGUACGGAAGAUGAUUGUCAAGCAGCUGGAUCGGAGCGCCAUUGUGGCCUGGGAGAGCAGACCGCGCGACUUGUACGGAGAGAUCUUGCUGGCCCGUCAGGAGGGCAUUUUGCCAAUGGAAACGGAGAGUUUUGACGUCAAUGAUUGCAUGGUCGGCUCCGAGAUACAAAUCGAUCCAGCCCAUCCGCCGUGGGGCGACAUACAGCACCCUGGAUGGUCGUCUCCCAGUCACCGAAACGACAACCGAAAUCCUGAUGUGCAGUUCGCAGACGUGAUCGCAGAGCUUCCCAAUCUGAUCGAGGCUCGCGCUGUUUCUCUUGCGCCUCCCGAUCCCACCAUGACACCGGUGCAAGGUGCGCCCCGUGCUGCCGAUCCCGCUGUAGUAGGCCUCUUGACUAGACCCCCGAAUAUGGCUUUACGUGACUACCUGACGCAAUUGGGCUAUCUGGGACUCGUACAACCACCAAGUCUGGGCCAAAACUUUGUAUCCCAGUAUGAGAAAGCUCGUUUCGGCUUUCUACCUGUGUCCGUGAAUGGAUUCGACAAACUCAUGACCACUUUUGCACAACUUCUUGCUGGUAUGACUACCCUGAACCCGGAUAUCGUUCACGAAAUACGGGCUCAAACGAACGAUGAUGCC